UUUCAGAUAUUAAAUUGUUUACAGGCAAACAUAUUCAUAAAUGGGACUUAGUACUGCUACUCUCUGCAAUUUAAAAAUUAAAAAUUUUUAUAAUGCUAUAGUUAGUUACUGUCUCUAUUUCAACACCUGACUAUACUGUGGUCAUGUAUUUUCAUAAUGUUUAUAGUGUUUAAUUUUGUAUUUUUCCCUAUGAAUCUGUACUGUGAGCUGAUAAAAUAAUAAACACAAAUCAUCUUCAAGUACCUGAGGAAAGAAUUGCAACCCAUGUACCAGGAAAUAUUGCUGUGAAUAUCUAUUAAAUUGUAUAAGAUACACCUGGCUCAAACUUAAACUUUGAGUAUUUCCUUGGUACUGAAGUCUUUAAUCAUAUGCAAAAAGGUUUUAAGAUUAGCAAAGCAGAAGAAGUAUUCUUAGGUCCCUAACUGUAGAAUAUAGAAUGGGAGACAGCAAAGAGCUGCCUUUCUACAUUAUUGUUUAAUUAUUGAUAUGAGGUACACACCAACAGCACAUUGGUAGUCAGUGAUGACAUUGGGUAUGUGCAUUUAACUUAAAUAUACUUAUCAGGAGGUGAAAUCCACCAAGGUAAGAGUACAAGUUAUAUAUUAAACAACUUUAAAAAUACAAAAAAUAUAUUUGAGUGAGCACUUUAUCUACAAAAGAGGGUCAUUAGAUAACAGAAGAAAAUAGAAAAAAUCCUGGAAGAUAACUGACACAUAUAAAAUGUCUUCUGAUUAUGAGCAAUCAACUUUAAUUUAAUGUUCAGAUAAAGUGGUCCUAACUGUCCUAACCCAUGCACAGUGUAUAAAAUAUGCACAUCAAAGCAAUUUGGACAAUUGUCUGAGUACCUGGUGUUUGUUUCUUUUCUCCAACACUACUUUCUUUUGCAAAAGGUGCCCAAGAAGUUCAGAAGAAAAAAAAUUAACACACAUCUCAGAAUUUCAUCUCUUGGGGCUCUCAGAAGAUACAGAACUUCAGCCCAUCCUUUUUGGACUCUUCCUGUCCAUGUACCUGGUGGCUCUGCUAGGGAAUCUGCUCAUCAUCCUGGCCAUCAUCUCAGACUCCCACCUCCACACCCCCAUGUACUUCUUUCUCUUCAACUUGUCUUUGGCUGACAUCGGUUUCAUCUCCACAACAGUCCCAAAGAUGAUUAUGGACAUCCGAUUACAGAGUAAGGUCAUCUCCUAUAAAGGCUGCCUGACACAGAUGUCUCUUUUUUUAAUAUUUGGAUGUAUGGAUGACAUGCUUCUCACUGUGAUGGCCUAUGACAGAUUUGUGGCCAUCUGCCACCCCCUGCAAUACCAUGUCAUCAUGAACCCUCGCCUCUGUGUCUUCUUAGUCAUGCUAUCUGUUUUGUUUAGUCUUUUAGAAUCCCAGUUGCACAAUUUGAUUGCCGUACAUUUUACCUAUUUUGAGGAUGUGAACAUUUCUAAUUUCUUCUGUGAACCUUCUCAACUUCUACAUCUCAUCUGUUCUGAUAACUUUACCAAAAAUAUAGUCACAUAUUUUGUAGGUGUCAUCUAUGGAUUCCAUCCCCUUUCAGGGAUCUUCUUCUCUUACUAUAAAAUUGUUUCCUCCAUUCUGAGAAUCCCAUCAUCAAGUGGGAAGCAUAAAGCCUUCUCUACUUGUGGGUCUCACCUCUCAGUUGUUUGUUUAUUUUAUGGAACAGCCAUUGGCAUUUAUCUUACAUCCUCUGUGUCAUAUUCUCCUAUAAAGAUUUCAGCAGCUUCAGUGAUGUACAGUGCAGUUAUCCCAAUGGUCAAUCCCUUCAUCUACAGCCUGAGGAAUAACGACAUAAAAUGUGCCCUGCGGAGGCUGCAGAUCAGAACAAUGCAGUCUUAAUAUCUCUUGCUUCCAUUUUGUAAUUUGUGUUGUAAACUUCAAUCAUCUAUACCUGGUAAUAAUCUAACCAUAUAGACCAGCAAAUUCUGCCUCUCUGUUCACACUUGUAGCUUUAUGCCUUUCUUUUCAUUCAUGAUUCAUCCUUAAAUAUUGAUUCCUUCUGUCCAUUUUUAACUAAGUUGCACAAAUAUUCUUGAAUCUGCUUUUAAUCAUAAAUAUCAUGAACAAAACAUUAUAAACAGGCAGCUUCUAUAGUUUCUGAGAAAUGACAUUGGCUUCUAGGUAAAAUGUUCAAAGUUCUAUAUAUUUAAAAUUUGCAUCUGUUUUCAAAGUUCAUGUUUAUUUUAUUUAAAAAUUGCACUGAUGAUAUCUAUUUGGGCUGGUUAUAUCCAUAAGCCAUAUCACUUAUACCUAAUUUUGGCUUUGAUUGGAAUCACCCAGGAAGAAUAAAAGUAUAGAUGCUGGUUAUUAUCACCAGAGAUUCUGAUUUAUAUGAAUUUAACUAUGAGAGAUUUUUAAAUUUCAGAGUGCAUUAGGAUGCUGGUCCCUCAAGGGACCAAAUUCAAAAAAGCAAGUGAGAAAUGAAUUUAUUGUAGUGGAUGAGUUGGUUGGAUUCAAAUGUCAUAAGCAAAUGCAUUGUUUCUCAACAUCAUGUAGCUUGUUAUUAUUCUAUCUGGUUUUUACAUUAUUAUUUUCCUGUUUCAAUAUCUCCUUUCCAUAGAUACUUUUUAAUGUUGUGUGGGGUCACUGGAUAUCACUGCUCUGUGUUCUUCCUGGCUCUGCUGUUGUGCACUUUCACUUAUAGUCACUAAAUUUGAUCACAUUGAAAAUUUAGUAUAAUUCAUUGCUUUCAUAUCCAUGGACCUGCUGUGUUUUAAAAGUUUCCUUCCCAUUAACACCUCUGUGACCAUACUGUACCCUCUGUGCCUUUGUCCUAAAGUUACUGUCUAAACAAUUGUGCACAUUCAAACUUUUCCAUUACAUUAACUAGAUUUGUUUGCAUUUCUGGAACACUGAGCAAUGAAUCAUAACAUGGGGAACAAAAGGUAUAUUGCCAACUCUCUGUAAAUGAAAUAUUUCAAAAUAUGCUUAAUAAAUAAAGUUGUUUUUCAAUAUAGAGCUGUGUUCAGGUGUCUAACUGAGUCAGUGGGUUUCUUGUUUCCAGUUAAGGUAUGACUCUGGUGUUGUCUGAGGAUUACUGCCAACAUUGAAUAGUACACAAAUUGAACUUUUGCUUCUUCAAAGUUACUCCAAGAUUGCAAUUGUCUUUGUAAGUAGCCAAUGUGAGCUGUUUUUAUAUUUAAUAGACAGCCAAAAACUUUCUUAAGUAAACAAUUAUGUUGCAUGGUAAACUCUUUCCAAUGGUAAU